GGUUGGUCGGGGUUCCCGGAUGCGGUCGCUAUGGCGGCGUCGGGACUGGAGGCUGAACGGAGGGAGGUGGCCAUCAGCUCUAUUUACAGCAGCCAGGAGGUGGGAAGGAAAUAUGCUGUCCUUAUUGGGUCUGAAUGAUUCCAAAUUACGAGGGUCUGCACAGAGCAGAUAGGAAGAAACUGUUCCCACUUGUGAAAAAUUCAAGAACGAGAGGGCACAGCUUUAAAGUAAUUGACAAAAGAAGCUAAAGCAACAUGAGGAAAAGCUGUGAGUGGGUGAAAGGUGACCAGGAUGAGGUGCCUGAGCUGAAUCUGGGUGAACUGGACAUAACAUCUGAUGAAUUUAUUCUGGAUGAAGUUGACACACACAUACAAGCCAAUCUCGAAGAUGAACUGGUGAAGGAAGCAUUAAAAACAGGAGUGGAUCUGAGGCAUUACUCCAAACAGGUGGAGACGGAGUUGCAGCACAUCGAACAUGCUUCCAUUAAAGACUACAUUAAGGAAAGUCAGAACAUUGCAAGCCUUCACAAUCAGAUCACGGCCUGUGACACCAUCCUGGAGAGGAUGGAACAGAUGCUGAGUACGUUCCAGUGCGACCUCAGCAGCAUCAGCUCUGAGAUCCAAACCCUGCAGGAGCAGUCUAUUGCCAUGAACAUCAAGCUGAAGAAUCGGCAGUCAGUGCGCAGUGAGCUGAGCCAACUGGUGGAUGAGCUGGUCGUGCCCAAUGCCAUGAUCACCAUCGUUCUGGAUACACCUGUAACUGAGCAACAAUUUCUGGAGCAGCUGCACGAACUCAAUAACAAGAUCAAUUACGUGAAAGAGCAGUCCUUUAAGGAAACUUUGGCUUGUUCAGAUGUGCAAGACACCCUUGACCGGCUCAAGGUUAAGGCUGUUUCAAAGAUCCGAGAAUAUAUUCUCCAGAAGAUCUACUCUUUCCGGAAGCCAAUGACAAACUACCAGGUUCCUCAGAAUGCACUUCUCAAAUACAGGUUUUUCUACCAGUUUCUUCUGGCGAAUGAGCGUCAUGUAGCAAAGGAAAUCCGAGAUGAGUACGUUGACACUAUGAGUAAAAUCUACUUCUCAUAUUUCAAGUCUUACACCAGCAGACUGAUGAAAGUGCAGUAUGAAGAAGUAGCUGACAAAGACGAUCUGAUGGGCGUCGAAGACACAGCAAAGAAAGGCUUUUUCUCCAAACCAUCAUUGAAAAAUAGAAACACCAUUUUUACAUUGGGGAACCGUGGAAACGUUAUAUCAUCAGCAGAACUAGAAGCACCAAUCAUUGUUCCUCAUGCAGCACAGAAGAAUGACACUCGGUAUCCAUUUGAAAGCCUCUUCCGCAGUCAGCACUAUGCUCUUCUUGAUAACAGCUGUCGCGAAUAUCUCUUCCUCUGUGACUUCUUCAUGGUGACUGGUAACUCUGCACAGGACCUCUUCAAUGCCAUAAUGGGGAAAACCCUCACUAUGUUCUUGAAACACAUGGAUACUUAUGUAGCAGAUUGCUUUGACAGCAUUGCAGUAUUCCUCUCCAUACACAUCAUUCUCCGCUUUAAGACCAUCAUGGCUAAGAGAAAUGUCCCAUCUGUCGAUAAGUACUGGGAUACCCUGCUUGAAAUUCUCUGGCCGAGGUUCGAGCACAUCCUGGAGUUAAACAUUCAGAGCAUCCGCAACACAGAUCCCCAGAAACUUGGCGCGCUCGACACCCGACCACACUAUGUCACAAGAAGAUAUGCCGAGUUCUCUUCAGCAAUCGUCAGCAUUAAUGAAACCUAUCCCAAUGAGAAGACACAUUCCUUACUUGGACAGCUACAGGUGGAGGUGGAGAAUUUUGUGCUGAGAAUGGCAGCAGAGUUUGCAUCCCGGCAGGAGCAGCUCAUUUUCCUGAUUAACAACUACGACAUGAUGUUGGGCGUUUUAAUGGAGAGGGCAACUGAUGACAGCAAGGAAGUGGAAAGCUUCCAACAACUUCUUGGUGCCCGGACGCAGGAGUUUAUUGAAGAAAUCUUGUCACCGCCAUUUGGUGGAAUGAUUGCUUUUGUGAAGGAAACAGAGGUCCUGAUAGAAAAGGGUCAAAUCGAGAAACUCAAAACAGAAGAAGGCCGAGUGGUACAGCUGGUACGAGGAUUUGCUGCCACCUGGAAACAGUCGGUUGAAAAUCUCAGCCAAGAUGUCAUGAGGUCAUUCACCAACUUCAAGAACGGGACAGGAAUCAUACAGGGAGCACUGACCCAGCUGAUCCAGUAUUAUCAUCGAUUCCACAAGGUCCUCUCUCAACCUCCUUUCAAGAACCUUCCCGUGCGCUCAGACCUCAUCAAUAUCCACCAUCUCAUGGUCGAAGUCAAGAAACACAAACCUAACUUCUAACUGUCUGUACACCUUUCUCUCUUUCUUGUUUGCACUACACGAGGGCCAUGGUGUGAGGGUUAAAUGCAUUUUGGCUCAAUAUGGGAAACGUGAUGGUGACGGUGUUACUUGUGUGUGGUCAGUGCAGCCACAAUGAGGAACUGAAGCAAUCAAAUUGGCUGCUGGACCAAACCAUCAGCUGCAACUGUUCAACCGUAGUAAUGAUUUUUAAAAUGGUUAAUCCCCCUGAGCUUCUGUUAUCUGGGAGUUAGUGAGACUCGAAUCAAGAUUCACACAGGGUGGAUGUGUAUAUAGUAAUAUGUAGCAGGAGAGCAAAUUCACGGUGAGGAUGGGACAUGUGGGAUUGGAUCUGAACAUUGUACAGGUGGGAAGGGGCCAGGCAAGCAGGGAAACUCCUUGAAUUCUUCUCGUGAAUGUGGCAUUUCUGACAAAGAAUUAAAACAGUGGAACCAAA